AUGGGAGACAGGCACUGGCCACCCGGGACCGACCAGGGAUGCGGGAAGCGCGGAGAAAGCCGAAGGGGCCAGGCAGCCUGCAGCUCCCCGAGGCACAGGCCUGGGAUGUGGGGGUGUCUAAGCAGUUCCCCUCAAAACUUUCUGGCGCUGGGACCUCGCCCUUACCUGCAAGAAGAGGCGCCGCCCGCGCGGACGCGGACCCGGCGAGCCGACACGCGCGCGCUCCCCAGGAGCCAGGGGGCGAGGGGCGCCCCGCCCCGUGCCGGGGGGGGGGGGGGGGACGGCCGCUGGCGGGGCCGGCGCGGGCAGCGGCUCAGCUCGGGUUCGGCUCGGGCUCCGCCUCCCGCGCAGCGGCUGCUGCCGGAGGGGGGCGGGGUGGGCUCCGGGCCGGGCCGCGCCCGCGCCGUCUGGCGGCGGCAGGUGCUGAGGCUGCAGCUGCGGGGCCCGGCCAGCUGCCCGGCGCCGCGACCCCCACCCCGCGGGAGGAGUCCCCCCGCGCGCGCGCCUGCCUGCCUGCCCGUGCGCCCCGCCUGCAACACGGGCUCCCCAAGUCCUGGCCCGCCGCAGUGGGCGGUCCCACCCCGGCCCAGCCCUGCCUCCGCUGCCCCCCCCCCCUUCCACGGCUCCCAGGAGGACACACAGAGUCGGUGGAGUACCCGCGGGGACACUGAGUCCUGGGGAUGA